AUGCUUCGCCUGCAACGAUGUUUGUCUGGUUCUGCGCUUGAAACAGUACGUAGUCGGCUGGUGUUACCAGCAGCGGUGCCCCAAGUGAUCGAGACACUUCAUAUGCGAUUUGGACGUCCUGAGUUGCUGAUCAACGCUCUGCUACGCAAGGUGCGAGACAUCCCAGCACCACGGUCCGACAGAUUGGAAGGUCUCAUCGAUUUCGGGAUGGCGGUGCAAGCGUUAUGCGACCACAUCGAAGCGGCGAACGAGCGCGCUCAUUUAUCGAAGCCUUCACUACUACAGGAACUCGUUGCGAAGCUUCCCGCAGAUCAAAGGAUGAUGUGGGCAGGAUAUAAGCGUAGUUUUCAAGUCGUCGAUUUAAAAACCUUCGGCGAUUACAUGACGUCGGUGGUGCAGGACGCGUCGAGCGUAGUAACCUUCGAACCUGAGUCCAGAAGGAACAACCCACGCGAUCGUCCGAAGAACAAAGCGUUCGUGAACACUCACGCGAUGGAAGGAGCAGUCAGUUCUGUACGGUCAAUAAAUGUGCCAACCGGCGCAGCGAAACAGUUUGACUGCGCACACUGCAGCAAAACUGGUCAUCGAGUGCGCGAGUGUAUUGCAUUUAAAGCGUUGCACGUCGACGACCGCUGGAGAAGAGUCCGAGCUUUAGGUCUUUGUCAGAAUUGUCUAUUCAGCCAUGGACGCAGGGCGUGUCGGAUUCGUAGUAGUUGUGACAUCGAGGGUUGUCAGUUCCGCCAUCAUCCAUUGCUUCACUCUCUACGUGGGCCUCCAAAGGCUCCAGCAUCGAAUGCAUUAGUGGCGGAGAAUCACACCCACCGUCUUCUGACUUCGUCGACGCUGUUUCGGAUAAUUCCCGUGAUCCUACAUGGAAGCGACGUCUCGAUUGAUACCUUUGCAUUCUUGGACGAGGGAUCAGAUCUGACACUAAUGGAACAUGAUCUGGCUGUAUCGUUGGGUCUGAAAGGUAGCCCUCAGCCUUUGUGUCUACGCUGGACGGGAAACACUUCCCGCAUGGAAAAGGAAUCGCAACGCAUCAUUUUCGAGAUCGCAGGUGAAGGACAGCACAAACGGCACAAGAUAGUGAACGCAAGAACGGUUCAAUGUCUCAAUCUGCCGAGAAUCGACAACCUACGACUUGCGCUACCACUUAACGUAAGAGAGGGCGAUGGUACCGGUCCGAUAGCUGCGAGAACCAGAUUGGGUUGGUGUGUCUACGGCCCGCGAGAAAGCGGUGACACCGAAGCUUAUAAUUUCCACGUAAGCAGAUGCGAUUGCGACGAAGAACUUCACGAUACGGUGAAGCAGUUUUUUGCCAUCGAAGAAGCAGGCGUGCGCCCGUCAAACAUUCCAAUGUCUAAGGAAGAACAACGAGCGCUAACCAUCCUGGAAACUACAACCCGACGAGUAGAGAACCGUUUCGAAACGGGUUUGUUGUGGAAAGAAGACAAUGUAGAAUUCCCGAACAGCUACACGAUGGCGGUACGUCGUCUAGAAUGUCUCGAAAGCAGAAUGGAUCGCGAUCCGCUGCUAAAAGAGAACCUCCAUCGACAGAUGUGCGAAUACGAGGCAAAGGGUUACGCGCACAGGGCUACGAAAGCGGAGAUAGAUGCAGCGGACCCAAGAAGGAUAUGGUACCUCCCGGUGGGAGCGGUAAUAAACCCUAAGAAACCAGGAAAGGUCCGAGUUAUUUGGGAUGCAGCCGCCAAAGUCGAUGGAGUCUCACUUAACAGCGCUCUUCUCAAAGGUCCGGAUCAACUCUCGUCACUUCCAGCCGUGCUAUUCCGCUUUCGACAGUAUGGGGUGGCGGUCAGCUCGGAUAUUCAGGAAAUGUUCCACCAAAUUCGUAUCCGAGAGGAAGAUAAGAAUUCCCAGCGCUUCUUGUGGCGCGCUUGUCCAUCGGAGAAACCUACGAUCUACUUGAUGGAUGUCGCUACCUUCGGGAGCACCUGUUCACCAGCUUCGGCACAAUUCGUCAAAAAUCGGAACGCAGUACAGCACGCUGAACUGUUUCCUGAGGCAUCGAAAGCGAUCGUCCACGAUCACUACGUUGACGAUUACCUGUCGAGUUUCGGAUCCGCAGAAGAGGCGACAAAGGUAGCAAACGACGUGCGAUACAUUCACGGCCAAGGAGGCUUCAAAUUGCACAACUGGCGGUCAAAUAGCAGCACGGUCCUCGAGCAACUGGGCGAAGUACCAGAUGGAACUGAGAAGCAACUGAACCUGAUCGACGGGUCGACAACCGAGAGAGUGCUCGGUAUGCUUUGGAGCCCAUCAUCCGAUGAAUUGAGUUUCUCUACUCAAAUGAGCGACGAGGUACAAACACUGAUUCGCAUGGCAACCCGACCGACGAAGAGGCAGAUUCUACGUUGCGUCAUGACGUUGUUUGAUCCACUGGGGUUACUCUCGCCGUUUAUCAUCCACGGAAAGGUCUUGAUCCAGGACCUGUGGCGCGAAGGCACGGAUUGGGACGAACAAUGCAGCUUAGUAGCGGCAAAAUCAAAGGUCGCCCCCCUGAAACCGUGGUCUAUUCCCAGGCUGGAACUGCAGGCAUGUGUACUGGGCGUACGGUGGUCAAAAUUUGUCAAGGAAAACCUCGACGUCCCAGUUUCCAAGACGGUUUUCUGGACCGAUUCCAGAACGGCGCUAUCCUGGAUUAAUGCCGACCCUCGAAACUAUCGACAGUUCGUGUCUUGUAGAGUAGGUGAGAUACUUGAGCAUACUUCGGUAAGCGACUGGAGAUGGGUGCCUUCCAAAUUCAAUCCAGCGGACGAAGCAACGAAAUGGGGUAGUGGACCGUACUUCAACCACGACAGCAAGUGGUUCCAAGGACCGCAUUUCCUGAAUCUCCUGGAAGCAGAUUGGACCUGUCGCAAAGAACCGGUGAUGGUUACCGUGGAAGAAAUGCGUGUAUCGACACUACAUCACAGUUCGUUUGAACCAACGAUCGAUUUCGACCGAUUCUCUUCCUGGGACAGGUUGCAACGUGCGACCGCAUACGUUCUCCGUUUUCUGCACAAUGUAUCGAACAAACAGCCACGAUAUAGUGGACAGCUACAACAGUCGGAACUGAAGGCUGCUGAAGAAGUCAUCUUCAAGUUGGUGCAACGUGAACAAUACCCGGACGAAGUUGCAGCGCUGUCAAACAAAGCGCCCAAUGAGACCGGUCAAGAAGUCAUCGGGAAAAACAGUUGCAUCUACCAAAUGAUGCCGAAGCUGGACGAGAAGGGUUUGCUACGUGAACAGGGUCGAAUCGCGGCAGUUAAGAACGUCGCCUACAACGUGCGCCAUCCCGUGAUUCUACCGAGAAGGCAUCGCGUCACGGAACUUCUGGUGCAUCGAUUCCACCGCAACUUUCGCCAUGGCAAUGCUGAAACGGUCGUUAACGAAGUUCGACAAUUGUACGCUAUCCCGAGGCUUCGAUUGGUGGUCAAGAAAGUGGGCAGAGAAUGCCCGUCCUGCAAAAUACGGCGAACCAGACCAAUGAUCCCUCCAAUGGCACCACUGCCAUCUGCCCGCUUAGCCCAUCACGAGCGAGCUUUUACAUACACAGGGGUGGAUUAUUUCGGACCAUUGCUGGUGAAAUUGGGGCGAUCCAAUAAAUCGCCUACACACUAUCAACGGAGUCCUGUAUUUCGUGCGUCCGCCGAUUCGUUGGACGGCGCGGGCCAUCUGCCGAGUUUUUCAGCGACAACGGAACGAAUUUCCAAGGAGCCGAUCGAGUACUGCAGCACCAGAUAA